AUGUCACAGAGUUUAGCUGAUGUUUUGCUGCAGUGGGAACGUCUGGAAGAAGAGUAUCAUAACAUUCAGGAGACACACAGGAUGUACCUACAAAAACUGGAUGAAAUUUCCAAGCUCCAAAAGAGUUGCUUUUCUGCCAUUUGCCUUCAACGUACAAAACUUCAGGAGAUGUCCUCUAAUGUGAAAAAGUGCAGCAAAGUGCUGUCAAAGGAAAAUUCCCUUGAAAUGAAGGACAAAAUAAAGAUGCAAACUAAUGCUUUAUUGGAAAUGGAAGCAUUCCUCCCCAGGAAAAAUGGGCUGUACCUCAGUCUGGUACUUGGAAAUGUGAAUGUCACUCUACUCAGCAAACAGUUAAAAUUUGCCUACAAAGAUGAAUAUGAGAAAUUCAAGCUGUACCUGACAUUUGUCCUGCUGCUCUUUUCCUUUAUAUGCUAUUUCUUUGUGAGCUACAGGUUUCUUGAUGCUCUCCUCAACUUCCUGCUGGUGUGGUAUUACUGCACAUUGACAAUUAGGGAAAGUAUUCUCAUCACCAAUGGCUCCAGAAUCAAGGGCUGGUGGGUUUUCCAUCAUUACAUCUCAGCAUUUUUGUCUGGCGUAAUGCUCACAUGGCCCGACGGCAACUUGUACAAGGUAUUCAGGAAUCAGUUCUUGGCAUACUCUCUCUACCAAAGUUUUGUUCAAUGCCUCCAGUGUUAUUAUCAAAGUGGAUGUCUAUACAGACUCAGAGCACUAGGAGAAAGACACAACAUGGAUCUUACCGUGGAGGGAUUUCAGUCCUGGAUGUGGAAAGGACUGACGUUUCUUUUGCCCUUCCUGUUUUUCGGUCAUUUCUGGCAGCUGUUCAAUAGCCUGUCGCUCUUCAGAAUGGCUCGGCUCCCAGUCUGCACAGAAUGGCAGGUCUUGGUGUGUAGCCUCUCCUUCUUUAUUCUCUUCAUGGGAAACUUCUUCACGACUCUUGCUGUGGUCCAUCAGAAGCUCAAGAAGAGGAAUCAGAAAACAAAGAUUCUGUGA